AUGCCUUAUCCUACUCUUCUUCCUUUUUUUCUAUCACCUAGCACAAAGCAGCAAAUCUCCAUCAUGCAUCCCUACUUCUUACCAUACCCAAAAACCACAGAACAAAAACCAGCACCUCUUCGCACGCAAGCUGCGAAACCAUAUCCACACCCGAGGCCAGAUCCCGAUCCUAAUAAUCCACCUUCGCCUCUGAACCUUUCUCCCUCUGCCGCUUCUCCUACCUCAUCCUCCUCGUCUUCAGGCUCGUCAACCAUCAAACCUGCUCGCAAGAAUCGCGUUCAUUGGAAACAAGAUUAUCAUCCCAGUAUCAUGAAACUCAAAAUCGUGUGUGGGGACCCCGAAGAUCCGAGUUUGGUGGUAGUGUUUGGGUUGGAGUUUCGAGAAGGCAAAAGACCGAAGGUGAGGUUUAGCGUCAAGAGAGGCCAUGGCAAGACCAGAGAGCUAGGAGAUGUGAGUACGAGGGAUGAAGAGGAACAGGAGGAAAAGCCAAAGAUCAUGAGACGAGGGAUCGAAAGAGAAAAAGACGAGAUCGGGAUUGAAUCAAGAGAGUAA